UUGUCAUUAAGUUAGUUUAAAAAACUAAUAUGAACAACAACAACUUCUCCGAAUACGAACCCCCUCAAGGUAGAAGAGGAAGCGCCAGGCGUGGCAGCAGAACUCUAGAAAGAUCUUUGAGCUACUCAGAGGCAAUCAGAGGAAACGGCUCCGGAAGAUCCUCCAUAGAAAUCCCAGCCAUCAACAACACAGAAGUCUACACAAACGAGGAGUUGAAAAAACAAUACAGAAUAUCACAAACGUACGUCGAAGGAAAGGAAAUCACUUUCCCAGUAUUCGGCCACACGGAUUACGAUAAUGGACUUUCUGAAAAUGACACUCAAGAUUCAGAUUCCGAUGAUGAAGACAAUGGAACUAAUGGACUAGUAAUGAGAAUUGAUGUGGAAAGAACGGAGGAUGAUGAUACUUCAACUCCAAAGUACACAUCUCCAAGCACUAAUACCGUUCAUGUCUCGAAUGCUUCAACCAGACAGAUGUUCAGUCCGAUGCCUUCAGAAGAUAUUUAUGAAAGCAUUGUUGAGGAAAGUAUUUAUACGACUCCAGAAUUCACGUCGUCAACGCAAGGGACCGGCCGAUCCACGCCUUAUACCAAGAGGAAACGACGAAGUGCAAAGCUGCAUAGACGGCGCACGGGGCGGGCGCGCCGCUCGCGCCGCGUGGUGCUAAAGGGCGGGGAGGAGAACGUGCCCGUCCGUAGCAACAUCCCCGCCAAGUCGCUCAAGUACAUGCGGGAUAUCGUCAACACUAUCAUCAACAGUAAAUGGCGGUUCCUCCUUCUCUUUAUGGUGACUGCACACUUCGUGUUCUGGUUCAUAUUUGCGUCGAUAUGGUUCACUGUGACAAGGUCCUAUCAGGACGACAUCGGGGAUGGGAAGGAGCACUGUGUCACUGGGACUUCUUCGUUUGCUGGCCUGCUGAUGAUGGCUGUUGAAACUCAGAUGACAAUAGGAUACGGGACCAGGUUCCCCAACGAGGAGUGUCCUGAAGCGAUCAUCAUCAUGGUGCUGGAAAUAGUGGCGGGCACGGCGCUGUCCGGGGGGCUCACGAGCCUGCUGUUCACGAAGCUGGUGCGACCCAACCGACACGUCACGAGUGUGGGGUUCAGCAAGAAGGCUACCGUGUGUCUCCGCGACGGGCGGCUGGUGCUGCAGUUCCGCGUGUGGGACCUACAGCAGGUGCACCUGGUGGGCAGCGCCGUCACCGCCUACAUGCUCAAGCCGAUCAGGACGCUAGAAGGCGAGGUGGUCCACAACUACAUCCAGCAGCUACCUCUACAGCAGGCGAGGGCCCUGCUGCUGUGGCCCGUAACCGUGGUGCACGUGAUCGACGAGGCGAGCCCGCUGUAUGACCUGUCUGCGCAGAAUAUGAUGGAUUAUAGGUUCGAGAUCGUAGUGUGCCUGAACGGCGCGUCGGCGUCGCUGGGCACCGUGACGCAGAGCCGCACCUCCUACCUCAGCAAGGAGAUCAUCUGGGGGUACCGCUUCAAGAACGUUAUCAAAUACUCAAAGAAGAACGAAGCCUACAUCAUCGACACAGAAAACCUGCACACCGUCGAACAAGUAGAGACCCCUCUGUGCAGCGCCAUGCAUCUCCAAGAAUAUGAGCGUUCACGGCGGCUCUUCAGCCCCGAGUCUUCAGUCACACAGGGUUCCUCCAUCUACCACGAGGGGUCUUUACCGAGUACCUUGUCAAAGUUUGCGGAGUCGCUUGAGUCUCCCAGGUUCGCUAGGACAGGCACGCAGAGAAGCUAUGGGUGGGAUUAUAGGAGCUAUCCUGAUGGUAGUGAGGGUGUUCAGUCGGCGAUGAAGUAGAUGUAUCAUCAAGACCCAUCACGUCCCCACUGCUGGGGCACGGGUCUCGGCCAGUGAAGGAAGGGUUUUAGGC